UAUAUUGGACCAAGAAAGAAAAAAAAUCCGCUUCCCGAGUCCCGCCCCUAAAGUGCCCUAGAAGUAGUUGAGAGUAAUAGUUAUUAACUUGUCUUAUGUUCUUUGGCCUAAUAGUGUUCUGUGCUUAGACGUUACCGCGUUAAGUGUUAUAUUGUCUGGGCUUAAACACUCUAUAACAAUGUCGAGUACUUCACAAAAACAUAGGAACUUCGUUGCGGAGCCUAUGGGAGAAAAGCCAGUAACAGAUCUAGCAGGUGUUGGAGAAGUUUUAGGUAAAAGGUUGGAGACAGCUGGGUUUGACAAGGCCUACGUUGUUUUGGGUCAAUUUUUAGUCUUAAAAAAAGACCGUGAGCUUUUUCAAGAAUGGAUGAAAGAAACCUGUAGUGCUAACUCAAAACAAUCUGCUGAUUGCUACCAAUGUUUGAAGGACUGGUGUGACGAAUUUUUGUAGGUUAUGGAUAGUGUUGUGUAUGUAUGUUAUGAUGAUUUAUAGUGUAAUGGGUGUUCACAUUGAACAUGACUGACAUAACCAAUAGUGCCUGCAUAUCUUCACUCAUCUAUAAUACAGCUUAUAAAAAACCUUUUUUACUCCAAUAAUGUCAUGGUUCAAAAUUGUGGUUUGAUAUCACUAAUGAAACAUCAACCUAUAUACUCGAAUUGUUAUAGCUAUAGUUAAUAAACAUUUAAUUAAAAAAAUUAAAUUAUAUUAAGGACAUAGUUCCUGAAAAACAUUCCAAGACACAAACAUCACAUUUUCAGGAAUUCAUGUUUAAAGUAAAUAAAUAUCAGUGUAUUCCAUUCAUGUGGGUUGGGCUACUAAGUCAUGAUGUCAUUUAACGAGUGACAGUAGGGCUGAAAUUUUUCAUCAGUCCGUUAAUAUGAAUCAUGUGACCAAUUAUGUGUUCCUAACCCAAUUUCAACAUGAUUGUGGUUCGGAGUGUUUUUCUGGAAUUCUGUCCAAAAAUGCUCUGCUAUCACUACAUCUCUUUAAGUAGAUUUUGAAUCUGCCUAUGACUUUCAUUAUUGAAUGAACCAUACACAAACCAUCAUGCCUGUUGGUGAGUGAACAUUGACUGUGUAAUGUGACAUUUACCCUAUUCUCUGUACAGCUCAAUCUAAUGAUAUUCAUAUCAAAUACAGUGUAUUACUCCAUUAACAUUAUGUAUCUAAGUUAAUAUAAAAAUGUGAAAUCCACCUCAAUAGAACAUUUUCUAUUUUUAUGUUGUCACUUUUAUUAUAAGAAUGUCCUUUGAAAUAUGUGAAUUAUAUACAAUAUUAAAGUUUA